CCAACGCACAUAAUCAACAGAAGAAGAGGACGAAGCAGACGAAGAAGAAGAAGAACCGGUGCUAGGGAAGUAGCAUGUGAGCUGUGUCCUGUUCAUGUUGUUGAAGCUUUUUAAAACAACGCGUUCAACUCGUGUCUGUUUCAAGACGAUGACAAAACCAAAAGCAGAUCCAAACAUGCCACUCCAGUUUGUUUAUACCGACCAGGACUUUGUCACAGAUGUGCAGCGAAACAGUGAAAAGAGUCCGUCGUCGACAGCCAAGUUUGACGCUGUCGUCCAAGCCGGCUGGAGCGACAGGAUGGCGAGGGGACUUUUCCGCUACAAUCUGGGUGAUUUACAAACUCGCAUCAUGCCGGGGUCACACAGCUACGUGGCACAGUUGAAUAUUCGAAGAGGAACAGAGAAAAGAAAGCCUCAGGAGAUACUGAGCAUUAAACAGGAGUUCAACGGCAAACAGUUUAACUUUAACAAAAUCAAUCCAGAGGAAAUUAUAUUUGAGAUGAUAAAGGACACAGAGGGAGGCUCAGCUUUGCAUCAGCAGAGCAGGAUGGUCGUGCUGGUCAACGUCAGUCCACUGGAGUUUGGACAUUGUCUCUUCGUUCCAGAUCCAUCGCGCUGUUUACCGCAGGUUCUGACGAGAUUUACCAUCCAGGGCGGCAUCGAAUCCGUGCUCCUGAGCUCCGACACUGGCUUUCGCGUGGGUUUCAACAGUCUAGGAGGAUUUGCGUCAGUCAACCAUUUACACCUACAUGGCUAUUACAUGGACCAUGAGCUGAAGAUAGAAUCCAUGCUGCUCAAGCCGUUGGUUCCCGACAAAGGUUUUUAUCGCUUGUUGGACUUUCCAGCAGGUUUUGUGUUUUACGCCGAAUCACAGGAGGUGGAGAAAGUUGCCAGAGCAAUUUGUGAAGUGACAGACUUUCUUGUAGAUGGAAAUAUUGCUCACAACUUGUUUUUGACCAGAGGACGUCCUCCCUGUGAUCGGAUACGGGACAAAACGAAUGUCUGUCUGAGAAAAGGUGUUCGUAUCGUUGUGUGGCCCCGAAUGUCCUGCUUCGGUGCCAAAGAGGAUUCUGCCUUUAAUGUUGCUCUGUGUGAGCUGGCUGGACAUUUACCGUUCAAGAACAAGAAGGACUUUGAGCUCAGCACUGAGAAAGAUGUGAUGGAUAUCAUUGAGCGGUAUCUCCUGCCUGACAGGGAGUUUCACAGCUUGGAACAGCAGCUUCUUCGUCUUUUAACGGAUUCUUAAUGAGUGGAGGACUUGUGUGGAGCCUUGUGCUUGAGCUGCAGACAGCUGAAAUAGAUCCUUUAUACAUUUCACAGUUUAAAUUUUUUUAAUUUAGAUGUAUUAUUUAUUACAUUUUCAAAUCUGUGUGCUUUUCCUCUAAGGGACGUGUUUGAGUGAAACUUGUAUUAAAUACAUUUGAAAACCAAAACCACUGUAUCUAAAAACAUAAGCUUGUUGUUGAAUCUUUUGUUUGCUUCUGUUCUCAGUUAUGAUUUUGAAAACAAGUCCUUUUUCCACAACACAGAUUUUGGUAUGGUCAGGUAUAAUAGCACAGUUAAUGGAUUUAGCAUUCUGCUCUGAAGAUGCUUCAAUGCAUUCAUUAUUGAUAAAGAAACAGAAGGAAAAUGGAAUGUCAUUUUUGACAUUGAUCUUGGGGGGGGGGGAAAUACUUUUUUUUUUCUAGUGUCCAAAAUCACUCUGUAUUAUCGUCCUAAUCCUUUUGCCAAUAUCCCCCAUGUGUGCCUUUUGAGAAUUUCUAAAUAAUAAUAUUGAUAAUAUAUGAUUUAGCUGUUUUGGGUCCAGGGUGGUGGCUCACUGCAACACUUUCACUGCUGAUAAUGACACGCGACACUUUUACUACUACAACAAGUCAAAGUGACCACUGUGAGAGAGGCCCAUGAAAGGCUGUUCAUUGUUCACUAUGUAUUUAUAUGUGUAACCUACCACCUCACUUUACGUUAGUGACGCCUGUUUCAACCCUAAUACUCAUACAAUUGUACAUAGAAUAUACAAAUACAACACAUACAAAAGUCUUUGUCUGACAGUGGUAGUCGGAUGGAGCUGGAUCAGUGUAACACGUUAUCCCUGAAGAGCACAUCAUCUGCCAGAAUGACAUCACCAAGGUGCCAAGCCAAGCAGUGAGAUCAUUACAACACUGGUGAGAACAAAACCAGUGCAUUGAUCUAUAUGUCCAGCAGCUGAUGUGCUCAUUUGCCAAUUUUCAUUUGAGAUAACGAUUUCAUAAGAUAUUUUUCUUUAACAGCCAAUGUGAAUUGAUCUGUUAUGUCAUUAAAACUUGAUGGAAUUGAA